AUGCAUUCAACUGCUGUUCUUCCUGAUUUUAACCCUAUUCUACUUUUUUCAGAUACUGAGGUGUCCUGUGUUUUUAUGGAGAGCUGCAUCUUACCAUGCAGCUUCCAGGGUGGCGCCAAUGUAGUCAUCCACUGGAUCCAGGUGACAGCAGGAAACUAUCCUAUCCACUCAUACUUCUACAACCAAGACCAACACAAACACCAGGACCAACGCUUCAGAGGCCGGACAUCACUGUUCAAGGACCAGAUCUCCAGAGGAAACGCCUCGCUCCAGCUGACAGGGGUGGAGGUUCAGGACCAGGGCAGAUACAAGUGCUACACCAGGACCAUCAACGGGCACAAGGAUUCAUUUAUCAUCCUAACAGUGGACGCUCCAGUCCGUAAAGUCGACAUUCAGCAGGUAGAAAACAGGAUCACCUGCAGCUCAGAGGGGAUCUACCCUGAGCCUAAGCUCACCUGGUUCACCAACCCUCCAUCCAACGUGACCCUCGAGAACACAUCCUCAGUAAAGCAGAACGAGCAGCAGCUCUACAACAUCUCCAGUUCUCUGCUACUUCCAGACAGUGUUACUGAUCGGGUCUACACUUGCAACGUCAUCACGCGCAGAAACAGCUUAAGAGCCUCUUUAAAGCAACUCAGGACUCAAACUGGCGUCACAGUCAUUAUUAUAGCUGUAGUGGUUGGAGUCAUUUUAUCUGCAUUGCUGGCAGGUUUUACUGUUCUACAUAAAUAAAAAGGUAAGAAAACACAUUCUGCAUUCACAUUCUAUCGCUGUCGUUGUUAGGCAGCUGGCCAGAUCAUGUUUUUCCCCUUAAGAAAUAGGAACAGGCAAUCCAGAAUGAUGCUGCAUGACUCACUAGAUCAAAAUAGACUCACAUUACUCCCUAUACUCACUAUACCUAGACCUCUUCAUUCGCUCUGUGUUGCAAAUAGGAUCCAGUUUAAAUUUUCACUCUUACUUACAGAGCCUUGCACAGUCAGGCUUCUGUAUAUGUGUCUGAACCACUGCCCCCUCAGCUCGCUCCCUUAGGUCAAAUAUGCCAAAUCUGCUCGAGUCCCACCUUAAGAUUGGUAGUGAUCGAGUUUUUGAGUCAGCAGCAACUAAACUAUGGAAUGCUCUCUUGCUGUCUGCUGAU